AUGGAAUGGACCCGGGAAGCUUCUGGGGGAGGCCAGGCCGCGGCCGGGUACCCAGAGGAGCCCUUAGAAAGCCCGGAAACGGAGCAACUGCAGAUCCCCGUGGAGGCACCGCAACCCCGGGUUCCAGACGGUAACCCGAGGCCGGAGCGGACUGGGCAGGAGGCGGCGGACGCGGAUCUCCGGGAGCUCUCGGAGAAGCCGCAGCCUCCGGCUCGGUCUGGUUCCCCGCGCUUGCCGCCGCUCAGCCUGGGCUAUGGCGCUUUCCGCCGCCUGGGCUCAUGCAGCCGCGAGCCGCCGUCGCCGAGCCCCAAGUGGGCCGAGCAGCCCCGGGACGGCGAGGCCGAGCUGCAGCCCUGGACGGCGUCAGGAGAGCCCGGGUCCUUUGCGCCCAUGGAGCUGCAGGUAGACGUGCGCGUUAAACCCGUGGGCGCGGCGGGAAGCAGCCGCUCGCCCUCGCCCGCGCCGUCCACUCGCUUCCUCACCGUGCCGGUGCCAGAAUCGCCCGCCUUCCCCCGCCGCUCCGCGUCCACGCUCCCGCGGCUGCCACGCGUCCCGUCAUCGGGCUCCACGUGGGGUCGUGCAUCGCCCCUGGCCGCCACCCCGACCGAGUGGAUCGGCCCCGCCGAGGGCAGCGCUGUCCCCCCGGGCUCACCCACCUGUCGCUGCCGCUGUCAGGAGCCCGGACUGAGCAAAGAAGAUGCCGAGCUGCUGCAGCGCGCAGGAAUGGACAGCAAGAAACUGCCACGGGCCAUCACGCUCAUAG